AUGAAAGCUAUUUGUGGAACACUGUAUUGCUGUUUUAAGACUCUGAGGACAUAUCCAUUGGAGUGUGUGGAUCUGCUCAAAAGGGCCAGAACUGCUUUUAAGGCUGGGCACACCCUGAAGGAGAACUCACGUCUGGCUCAGCUAGGGGCAGUUGUCUGAAUGUUGGAAGAACAUGAAUGGGACUUUGUACAAGUCCUUGGAAAGGACCUACAUAAAUCCACAACACUGGAUGACCGUUACAUGGUCAGCGAGCCCCUCGGGGUGGUAUUCAUUGUGGAAGGCUGGUGCAGUCCUGUCCAAAUGUGUCUAUUUGACACCCCUGGUCUAAUUAGUUUUGUUCAUUCAGGAAACUGUGCGAUCAUAAAUCCAUCAGAGUACACUGUUAACACAGCUGAACUCCUUCAUCAUCUAAUUCCUUUGCAUUUGGACAAUGAAUGUUUCCAUAUGAUUCUUGCCCUAAAAAAUGAUUUACCAGACAUUGUGAAAUUUCAGUUUAAUCAUGUCUUCUUGACAGGAGCCCGUGAAGAUGGGAACAGAAUAGCUCAAGCCGCAGCCCGCACACUCACAUCUGUUUCCAUGGUUUUGGCAAGCAAGAAUCUAUGUUAUGUGGAAUAGCACUGGGACAUUGUCACCACGGCACAGAGCAUUGCCUGGGCGAUAGUGGCCCCACACCACACACCAACUAUUUUGACAGAUGUAGUGAACAUGGAUCUAAUCGUGCAGCAGGAUGUGUUUGGCCCAGUGCUCCCACUUCUCACUGUGCAAAAUGUAGAUGAAGCAAUAACCUUUACAAACAAGCAACAGAAACUGCUGUGUGUUUAUGCUUACUCCAACAACAGCAAAGCCAUCUCACAAAUGAUGAAUGAGGCCUCUAGUGGAAGCCUUUGCUUUAAUGACUGUGUCCUGCAGAGUCUCAUGGUGACUCUUCCAUUUGGUGGAGUGGGUAAUGGAACAGGUUCCCAUCAUGGACGCUACAGCUUUGAUACAUUUUCACAUAAGAAAUCAUGCCUUCUACGAUCUGAGUGUGCCACCUAUCUGCGCUACCCACCAUAUGAGGAGCGCACUUUGCCUCUAAUGGCACGGGCCAGUACUCUGUCCCAGAAAAGUCAGGGCUGGUGCCAGUUCCUGUGA